AUGAUCUUGUCAAGAACAAAACCAGCCAAUCAAAAAACUGCAGUCUCGAGCGCAUCCGGGGCAAGUAUGAAAAAAGAAUUACCCAAAUUGGAAGACUUUCUCGCCAAACGGGAUUAUACUGGAGCUCUGACCUUGUUAGAAUUCCAGCGAAAUUGUGGCAAAGCGGCCCUGGAGACCGAUAUGUGGAUAGCCUAUUCGGCAUUUCAUUUGGGCGAUUACAAACGUGCGGCAGACGAGUAUAAAAAGAUCCUGACCAGUAAAGACGCGCCGCCGGAAGCGCACACCUAUUUGGCCUGUUGUUAUUUUUUCCUCGGUAUGUAUCAGGAAGCUAUGCAGGCCGCAAAAGACGGACCACUUUGUCGUUUACAGAAUCGUGUUCUGUUUCACGUGGCACACAAGUUCAGCGAUGAGAGACAGCUAAUCAAUUAUCACAAUUCUCUGGACAACGUUUUGGAAGACCAACUAUCACUUGCGUCGAUACAUUGUCUUCGAAGUCAUCAUCAAGAAGCAAUUGAUAUCUACAAACGAAUUUUACUGGAUAAUCGAGAAUAUUUGGCCCUGAACGUAAACAUUGCCCUUUGUUACUAUAAAAUCGACUAUUUUGAUGUUUCGCAAGAAGUUUUGGGAAUUUAUCUGCAAAAAUAUCCGGAUAGUGCAACGGCAAUCAAUUUGAAAGCGUGCAUCAAUUUCCGUUUGUACAAUGGUAAGGCAGCGGAAGCCGAACUGAAAGCACUACAAGAAAUGGCCACACCGUCAUUCACAUAUGCACGCGAUCUGAUUAAGCACAAUCUUGUGGUAUUUCGAAACGGCGAAGGAGCGCUGCAGGUUCUGCCCCCACUGCUCGACGUGCUGCCAGAGGCCAGACUGAAUCUAGUGAUCUACCACUUGAAAAAUGAAGAAAUUCAGGAGGCGUACGAAUUAACCAAAGAUAUCGAUCCAAGUACUCCACAAGAGUACGUUCUCAAGGGGGUUGUGAAUGCGACCCUCGGUCAGGAGCAUGGAUCACGAGAACACUUGAAGUUGGCACAACAGUAUUUCCAACUGGUCGGUGGUUCAGCCAGUGAGUGUGAUACUGUAUCCGGUCGUCAAUGCAUGUCCUCCUGCUUUUUCCUCCUUCGUCAAUUCGAUGACGUAUUGAUCUACUUGAAUUCAAUUAAAAGUUACUUCUACAACGACGACACGUUCAACUUCAAUUAUGCCCAGGCAAAAGCAGCUAUCGGGGCGUAUAAAGACGCACAGGAGGUCUUUUUGCUCAUCCAGUCGGAACGACUUCGAUCGGAUUACACAUAUCUAAGCUGGCUAGCACGUUGUUAUAUCAUGAAUAAACAAGGACGACUAGCAUGGGAGUUGUAUUUGAAAAUGGAAACCUCGGCCGAGUCGUUCAGUCUGUUACAACUGAUUGCCAACGACUGUUACAAAAUGGCCCAAUUCUACUAUGCGGCUAAAGCGUUCGACGUUCUCGAACGACUGGACCCAAAUCCGGAGUAUUGGGAGGGGAAACGCGGUGCAUGCGUUGGUGUGUUUCAACUGAUUAUCGACGGCCAAGAACCGAAAGAACGAUUGAAAGAAGUGAUCCAAAUAUUGCGCAACACAAACAAUCCACAAACGGAAUAUUUUAUUCGAAUUAUGAAAAAGUGGGCCAAAGAGAACCGAGUCCCGGUUUAA